AUGUUACUAAUACCUGAAUUGUUAGAACGAUACAUAAUUAAAACCAAAGAAAAGAUUAAUAAAAGUAACCAUAAAGUUUACUGUAAGGCAUGUAUUAAUGUAUUAGGUGAUGAUGGGAUGGAAGUUUUUGUUUCAAAUAAAAUGGAUAGGAUAAUUGUGCACCUCAAAAAAUGUAUACAUUUUACAGGACAAACAACACCUGAAGAGAGAGAAAAAGUCUUUAACUUAUCCAAUAAUGAACAAUCAAGUUCAUAUGAUACCAUGUCUACCUUAUCACAAUCAUCUACCCAAAAGGGCAUUGUACAAUCUACUUCUUUUGGCCUACUUGACAACUAUUCUGUUCAUCCAUUGUCACAACAAGACUAUGAAAAAUUUAAAGUUCUUUUGCUAAGACUAACAGUAUCUUGCUGUUGGGCUUUUAAUUGGAUAAACAAGCCUGAAACAAGUGAGUUGUUUGAUUUUUUAAACCCUCUUAUAAAGCUUCCAGAUCACCAAACUCUUAGUGGAUCAACUUUAGAGGUGGCAGUUUUUGAAUAUGAUAAGGGAAUGUUUGAAGCUCUUCAAAAAGAUUCAAUUGGUGUUACUUUAAUGUUCAAUAGGUGGACGAAUGUCAAUAAUGAACAAUUAAUAGGUACAAUGUUAGUAAUUUCAGUAAAGAAACCCUAUAUUUGGAAGGUGAUAGAUAUUAGUAUGAAGAGAGAAAGUUACACUAAAGUAAUAAAAAAAACAGAAGAAAUGAUUAAUAAGUUAAAAAGAAUAAAUGUAAAGAUCAUCGCAAUUGUAACAGAUAGUGCAAGGCCAUACACUUUACAAAAGGCUCUUAAUAUGAGCAAAUUAAAAGAUUCUAUCGCAUGGGAACAUUCACACAAGUCAGACCCUGUUGAAUUACUUCUACCCAGUUUUCAAGAUGAAUACAACAUAGAAAAUAAUGAUCAACCAAAUAUAAAUUAUGAAGAAUUGAGUAAAGAAUGUGCAGAACCCAAUAAAUCUGCAGAUCUUGCUUUUGAUGAAACAAUUAAUGACAAGACUUUGAAAUUAACUUCUUUGGAAGA